CUCAAUUUCAGCUUGAUAUGAUGUCUCGUUUAAAAGAGAUUAACAUCGACAAUAAUGCUAUCGGCUGGUACCAAUCGACUUAUCUUGGAUUUUUGAACGGCAUGAUGAUCAACGCUCAGUAUAAUUAUCAGUCGUCUAUUAGCCAGUCGGUCAUGCUUGUCUACGAUCCGUAUCGCUCGCAGCAGGGAAUAAUUUCUCUUCGGGCAUUUCGGCUUUCUAAGAAAUUUAUGGAUUCCUUUAAAGCAAAUAAUUCAGAAUUGAUUAUGAUAACGCCGGCGAUAAUUAAAAAUCAUGGGCUUACCCACGAGGACAUUUUUCAGGAAUUACCAAUAGAAAUUACAAAUUCUCCUCUUGCGCGCUCCCUAUUGGCUGAAUUGGAGACUCCGCGCCAUAAGCCUGACAUAUUCAAUAAGCUCAAUCUUGCUUUUCACACGUUCACUGAGAAAAACUUGGAACUCCUUAUAGAUGGAACGGAAAUACUCACGCAAGACCAAAACAAAUAUCAGUACUAUCUCCGCCACGUGGCCCGCCAGCAGCAAGCCCAAGAAGAUCUUUCCCGUCUUCGCGAGGAAAAUGAGAGGCGAACCGCCGAGGGACUGCCUCCUUUAAACCUAUCAGAAUCGCUUGUUAAUGCCACCAGGCCAGUCAUAGCGCCGAACCGUUUAGAUGCUCUUUUAACAUACAAUCAGAUAUCAAACUUUUGUUUACAGGUUGAUAACUUUGCGGCCAACACAUUCACAAAACUUUAUCUACUUCAAUCCUUACAAAAAUCGUCUACUAUCAUUUUCAACGAAUGA